AUGAUGUGCCGCGCUGUGCCACGUCAGCCAUCGCAGCACUUCCUACACGGACAGACGCGGCGGACGGCCACCGUGACCGGGCUGUCAGGUGUGUCCCGCUCUCUGUGUACGGCAACGCCGAGGUCUAGGCCCCUCUCGGCUCCUGUAUCACCGAGCUCGUCUCCGUCGCCGAAGCAGGACCCGCCUGCCGCCGCCCGACAGUCCGUGCAAACCACGAGCCUCACACUAACAGCGGAAUCGGUGUGGGAAACGGUGCCACACUGGUGCGAGCUGUGUUGUGAGCCCGUUAACAGCUGGCACAACCACCUGGGCAAGCGCGACCAUAUGUGUCUCGAGAUGAUCCUAAACGCCGUAGUCGGCAGCAAAGGACUCUGGGAAUCUGACAAAGUGUGGGACAGCAUUGAGCUGUUUCGAAGUCACUACACGAAGCGCCCACAGGGGAAGCCACGAACGCCGUCGCCGAUUGUGCAACGCCUUUUGAAGGAGGGGCUCUACGUGCCAGGUCCCGAUCACCCGCUUGGCAUCUUCUACGACGCCUUCGACCGUGGCGACCCGUACGCGCGGCGAGAAGAGCUGCAUCUGCUGCUCUUGUACUUGAAAGAAUGUGGGAUGCUGUGCCUCACCCCCGACCUGUUCCCUUCAGCGAUCUUCCAAGGACACUUGCUCUUGCACAGCGAGGUGGUACCGGUGCUCACGCGCAUCUUCCCAGACGGGGAGGUGCGCGGAAUCUCAGCACUGUCGCAGAUGGUAACAUGCGCCUAUGGGCUGGCAGCGGCGUAUGAAACGUGUGGGAUGGAGCGGCUGGUGCCGGUCUCCUUGCUGCAACAGCGAGGGCUGAACCCAGAGCUCAUCUCCGCUUUAUCGUCGAUAGAGGAGCUCGACGGCCCUGCGGCAAGCGAUGACGCUACGGGUGGCACCGGCGGCGAAGAAACUCUCGGCGAAGACCCGGAAGGUGGGACUAGCGAUGCAGUCUUAUCGACUGAGCAAUCCAUGGCAAUGCGCUCCUUGAGUGUUGCCAUGCCCCGUGCCAUCCUCGGCUCCCUCCGCUGGGCCCUCGCUCCAGAGGACACGAGCCCCCCGCCGAUCAUCUUUCAGGACCACAAGCGCAACGCUUACUUGACCACCUUGGCCGCGCGCGCAGCACGCCUGCUGAUGUCCGAACUGAUCUUUGGGCGCAUCUCCGAGUACGUGUACCAUUUGGAGUACGUUCUGCGUACAGACUUCGGGCGGGAGUAUCUGCACCAUCGAUACGACAGUCACCGAGGGGCGGACAAGGCCAGCGGCCGCGCGGCCUCGCCGCGCUGGCUGCGCAAGCAGUGCAUUACCCCUUCAUUGUCGAACGAGGGAACUGUUGCCUAUACAAAUGGUGGGCUCGCCGCUCAUGGGCUUAACGGCACCGCGGCGGCUGAGUGUGCCGUUCGGAUGCAUGAUGAGGCGCGUAAGGCGCGCAUGCACCAGCGCCGCGGACUGCUCAAGGCGCCACUCAGUUCCCCCAUGUCCCGCCACGUACGCUUUCGGUGA